CUUAGCUUCUUUGAGUUUUGUCGCCGCCGCUUCUUCUUCCUCGCAGGUAAGUCAGAACAGGUAACUGAAAGAUGGGGCGUGUGAGAACCAAGACCGUGAAGAAAUCUUCUCGUCAAGUCAUCGAGAAGUACUACUCUCGUAUGACUCUUGACUUUCACACUAACAAGAAGAUCCUUGAAGAGGUCGCCAUCAUCCCUUCAAAGAGACUCCGGAACAAGAUUGCUGGAUUCUCCACCCACUUGAUGAAACGUAUCCAGAAGGGACCAGUCCGUGGAAUCUCACUCAAGCUUCAAGAAGAAGAGCGUGAACGCCGCAUGGACUUUGUUCCCGAUGAGUCUGCUAUCAGGACCGAUGAGAUCAAGGUCGACAAAGAGACUCUUGAGAUGCUUGCUUCUUUAGGAAUGUCUGACACUCCCGGCAUCUCUGCAGUCGAGCCACAAACUAUGGCACCAAUCCCUGCUUUCGGCAGAGCACCCAGAAGAUACUAAGAUGGCUUUGUUAUCAUUUAGCCAAUCAAGACAAAAGAUUGGCACUCUUUUUUCACAGUUAGGGACAACAAAGACUUGUGGUUCUUGGAAUGUUUAUUGUUUCUUUUGAUUCAAGAUUUAUGUCUUAAAACUCAAAGUGAGACUUUUCUUUUUAAUGGUUUUUCAGUUAUGUGGAACCAAUAUUGGCGUUAACACUUUUGAUAGUA